AUGGGAAGUUUUCUUCUUGAGCACCUAGUGCUCACACUUUGUCUCUAUCUAUGCCGAACAUUAGGAGCAGAUACAGAUGACGCUCAAGAAAUCCCACUGCAUGCACAGAUGUUGACUGGUGCACCACUGGUCGAAUACCUUCAAAAGAACCAGGAGCUUUUUGAAGUGAGAACAACGCCAACACCUGGUUUCAAAUAUAAAUUAAUGGAUGUGGCUUUUGCAAAUGCAAAUCAGAAUUUGAAUCCUGUUGUCAAUGAUGACAAUGACACCGGCGCUGACCUUCCGGAAAACUACGAUCCCCGAAUUGUUUGGAGAAACUGUUCAUCUUUCCACACUAUCCGAGACCAAGCAAACUGCGGCUCAUGCUGGGCAGUCUCCACUGCAGCUGCGAUUUCGGAUCGGAUUUGCGUAGCCACCAAAGGGAAGAAGCAGGUGUAUAUCUCUGCUACUGAUAUUUUGACAUGCUGUGGAGCACCUUGCGGUAUGGGGUGUCAAGGAGGGUGGCCCAUAAGGGCCUGGGAAUUCUUCGAAUACGACGGAGUUGUUUCUGGAGGACCUUACCUUGGCAAGGGAUGCUGCAGCCCUUAUCCACUUCACCCUUGUGGACAACAUGGUAACGACACCUUUUAUGGAAACUGCCGUGGAAUGGCGCCCACUCCGCCAUGCAAAAAGAGAUGCCAACCUGGCUUCAGGGGAAUGUACAGAAUUGACAAGCGAUAUGGCGAGCCUGGCAGGGCUUACAGAUUGCCGAAAUCUGAGGUAAAAAUUCGAAGAGAAAUCAAGGAAAGAGGGUCGGUGACUGCCACGUUCGCCGUUUAUGAAGACUUCUCGCACUAUAAAUCAGGAAUUUAUAAGCACACCGCUGGUUACAUCACAGGCUUUCAUGCAGUGAAGAUGAUAGGAUGGGGAAAGGACAUCAAUGGCACAGACUACUGGCUCAUCGCCAAUUCUUGGCAUGAUGACUGGGGUGAGAAUGGAUUCUUCCGUAUGAUUCGAGGCAUCAACGACUGUGGAAUAGAAGAGACUGUAGCUGCCGGGAUUGUUGACGUUGAGAGUCUCUAA